AUGCCUUCCUUGUCACGACGUUCCCUCCGGCACCUGGGCUCCCUGUGGAAGCUUCGGGAUGCUGAAACGAUUCGCUCCGAUCCACUGACCUCGGCUCCAGAAGAAGACGCGCCGCAAGUGAAUCUGGCCCGCGUGGACACCCAGUUGAACAUGCACCAGUUCAACAACCUCUUUGAAGAAGAUUCGGGGGCAAAUGGCUCGAAAGAUCGGGACCCUCAAAGCUCGCCCUCACAACCCCCCUCGGCGAGUCCCUACCUUGGCAGUGAGGCUCCGACAGAAUGGUCGGCAGUCGGCCAUGCCGCAGCGACAGGAAAGUCAGGCCGUGUGAUUCACAGUCUGCAGGAGGAAGUCGCCCGUCAAAAGCGAGAAGCGGCUCUAUGGCAGUCCCGAGCCGAGGAGUCUCAGCGAACCAACGAGACCCUCAAAUUCCAACUGCAGAACAUGGUCGACCGCCUCAGUCAUUUGGAGCAGGUCAACGAAACCAACGGCAAGCUCAUCGAGCGGAAAGACCGUAAGAUCGAGGACCUGCGUGCCGAAUUGCACACCGAGCGCACCAAGCGGCUGGACGCCCAAGGCGUGGCCAACGAGACCAACGAGGCGAUGCGCGUGGAACGCGAGAACCACCAUCGCGAAAUGGCCCGAUUACAAGAGGAGGCCAAGUACCAUGAGAAUCAGUACGAUGUACUGUUUCGUGCCAUGAAGCAGGACAAGGCGGAUCUGUCCAGGCGGGUUGAUGCGCUGCACGCCCAAUUGGCGGAUAUGAAAAAGACCCAAGUCUCUCAAGACAAGGCAGCGACCCGGCUCUUGACAGUCGAAGACCAGAAAGAGCGACUCGUCUCCUCGCUACAAGAUCGACACGAACAGAUGAUGACGCUCCAUCAAAGGUACAAGGAGAUCAAGGAGCAGGAGUUCCAGGAUGUCCUUGGCCAGGCUCGUGUCAACGGCGAUCGGAUCGAUGCCUCGCUCAGAGAGCUCAAGGUGACGGAGGAGAAGAUGAAGUGGGUCAUUCGAAUGAGUGAGCUGCAGCAUGGCCAAACAAGCGGCGACCACUCAGCGGCCAACCUCUCAUCCGCCGGACCCUCAUCAUCUUAG